UCGAAAACAUGAAUGAAACCUACUCUCAGUGGUUAGUACGCUACGGUGUUGAACUUAUGCACCGAUGUCUUCAUCGAUUGUACCUGUUUGAUCAUAUUUGAUGGAAUCUCAUGACAACACAAAUUGGGUCCAGGGGAGAAUUUCCCAUUGGCAACCACCUGGACAGCAGCAGUCUGGGGAAACAGAACUUGCCACUAAAAUGAUACAAAUCCAAUCUAAAAGGUUUUAUUUAGAUGUUAAACAAAAUAGGAGAGGCCGUUUUAUUAAAGUAGCUGAAAUAGCAGCUGAUGGAAGGCGGAGUCAAAUUUUUUUAGCUCUUUCAACAGCAGCAGAGUUUCGAGACCAUUUAUCAACAUUUAGUGAUUAUUAUGCUUCCCUCGGUCCCCCUAAUCCUGACAAUCUUCCAGAAGAUGGGAAAUUGAAGUCAGAAAUGAUGAUCAAGGACAAUCGGCGUUAUUAUUUGGACUUAAAAGAAAAUGCAAGAGGUCGUUUUCUUAGGGUAUCACAAACAAUAUCGCGUGGUGGUCCAAGGUCACAAAUUGCGAUACCAGCACAGGGUAUGAUAGAAUUUCGAGAUGCCCUUACAGAUCUCCUUGUCGAAUUCGGAACUGAUGAUGGUGGUUUUAAAGGAGAAUUACCGGAGGGCAGGCAUAUGCGGGUAGAUAACAAAAACUUUUAUUUUGACAUUGGUCAGAAUAAUAGGGGCAUCUACAUGCGCAUAUCUGAGGUUAAAACUAACUUUCGAACAGCGAUCACAGUGCCUGAAAAAUCAUGGGGACGUUUCCGUGAUAUAUUUGCUGAUUAUUGUGAAAAAAUGAAGGACGCAUCUGACAAAGUGAGUGGUGCUGAAACUCCGCCUGGGCCUAAGUGAGGAUGGCAUUUUUACUAGGUGACUCAAAUAUUCCUUCAACAAACAUAGAGACACUUAUUCCCUCCAGGCGGUUUUAUUGUGUAAACAGCAAGUCAAGUGAUUCAAUCAUGAUGGUAAAGAUUAUUAGCAACGAUUUGCUUCGGUACAAAUGUGUUUAAACGAAUGUCGAAUAUAAUGAAAUUUGAAACAGAAAAUAUACAUACUAUAUAUUAAAGAAAGAGAUCUCACAGAUAUAGUGAGGACUUCAAACUCGUUAAAAAAAAUUGUCGUGUUUUUGUCCUUAUGUUUUGUAAGAUUAUUUAUAAAUAUAUAUAUUGCCGUUGCCAAGUUGGUAUGGCGAAAACUUGUUGUCAAGUUGAUGUGUCAUACUUUGCCUCUACUGAUGCAUUGUAUUUAUAAUGAAUGCUCUGCAUGUAUAAGUCAAUAUUUUUACUUAGUCUAUAUGUGUGGGUGAAUCAUUCAUCACCAGCCUAGAGAUGGUUUUAGUUAUAAUGAAAAGUACUUUAUGUUUGUUGGGAUGGCACGUCAAUUGAGUUAAUUACGUUUGAUUGUUAUGCCACAUGCCUCAAAAGGAUUAUGUCUGUAAUGAUAAGUAAUUGAGGUAAAAAUUAUGUGUAUUCUUUGAAUGUAACAUUAAGCAGAUAAUUUUAUAAAUAUAUAUAUGUAUAUAAAUAUAAAAAAUUAUGUAUAUGUAUAUACAUAUAAAUAUAGCUAAAAUAUUUGGAUAUCAACUUCCUUAUUGCUCAUCAAAAUAUAUUCUAUUUUACUGUUGGCCUUUCUAAAAAUAAAUAAAUAAUAGUAAAAUGAGGAGUUAAAAAGAAAAAAUGCCUUGUUUAGAAACAAAGGCAUUUAUGGUCAUGUUAAAUUACAUUUUCAAAACUUUAUUGAAAAUAUUUAUUUAUUUAUUUUGUGUUGAAUGUUAACAUUAUUAGUAAAUUAUUGUUUAUUGUUGACCAAGCGAUAAAGAAGAUGAACUCCAAAAAAAAAAUUUUAAUGGGUAGAUGUGAUAUUAACAUAUUUUUUUGGCCCUCUAUUGUGUAUAUGAUAGUAUUCCCAAUGGAAAAAACGAACAAUAUAAAAUUUAAAAAGGCACAUGCUUUACUGGUUAUUACCAUCCUAAAAAUGAAAGAAAGGGCUUUGUUAUUUAUUUUUUAGAAGUUUAUUUAACAUAUUAUAAACUAAAUUCUGUUGCACUAUGUAAAUAAGUAUUAGUAUUAAUUGCUUUAAGGAUGGUUUUAAUGUAGUAAAAUUAGACAUGUUCUGUUGCUCCUAGGGAAUAAUCAAAUAAAUUUUAGAAAAUACUUUUUUAACUAAGCAUUUGUUUUGCUUGUUUGUUUGUUAAAUAAUGAUUGGAUAAGAAAAAAUAAAGAAAGUAAUAUUUUGAUGUUUUGAAUAUUAUGGUAUGGGUAAGGGUUUAUAAGAAGAAAUGUUAUUUAAUUUUUUAAUUAUAUAUAUAUAAAAUUAAUUUUAUAUAUAUAAAAUUGAUGAGGUACUAAGUUAUGUUUUUAAAGUUUAUUGUAUUUACGAUGCCUUUAAAAGGCCUGAGAUUUACAAUCUCACUUAAAUUUCCGUCUUAAUAGAUUCUUUGUUCAUUACUCAUUUUUGUAGAUGAUGUUUCUAGUCUUUUCUUCCAGUUUUACUUAAAAUGUUAUAGAUUUUAAUACUUUAUUAUUUAUUUGAAAGUAAAUGUAAAGAGAAAAUGUUUCUUUGUAUUAUGUGAUGGUUAUACCAUUCAUUAUUUUAUUUUUUAAGAAAAUCCAGUUUGAUGAUAUAAAAAUAUAAUAUUUUAUAACUAUAAAAGAAUCACUCAAGUUACCAAAAUGAUUAUAAACUAUAAAAUAUUCGAUGUUCAGAUUAAGUUGCUGGGUGGCUGGACCAUCCAUUGCACUUUUGAUUUUUUUUUUUAUUAGGGCCACCGAUUAGUUAAUUUUUUAAUAUUAUAUACCUUAAUGUACAAACUGAUAUGUUUCCUUAAGUAUGAAUUUCAGCUUAUUUUGGCAAAAAAAAAGAAAAAGAAAAAAAAUUGCACUUAUUUUUCCUCCCUUAGCUUUAUUUUGUCAUAUAAGCUCAAUCAUACUUUAAAUUAGAGAUUUUUUUCUUUUUAUUAUUUUAAAAUAAUUGAAUAUAGGUAACACUGUUGUUGUUAUAUGUCUGACUUAAUGUCUAAAAAUUCAUUGAGUAUUGUUUAGUGAUUUUUGAUCUGCUUUGAAAAAGAAUUUGGAUAAUUUAAAUGGUAAUUAAUAUUAGCAAUUACACUGCCACUAUAUUUCCUAAAGGUGGAAAGCUAUCCUCCAUAUUGUGAGAUGAU